GUUAAAAUACAAUCGAUUAAAAUUAUAAAGCAAUUUUGAAUUGCAUUACACAACACAUUCCCAGCAACAAUAAAUAUAUACUGCGAUAUCGCAAUUGUUAUCUAAUUGUGAUUUAUGGUUGGUAUAUCAAUAGUUAUUAUCAUCUUUUCAAUCAUCAGGUGAAGUUCGUACGAAAAUUUACACAGGCACAUAAAUCGUAACUGCUUUCGUGAGCUAUAAGUAAAGCAUAUUUAGAUAUGGCAGCAACACAAGCAAAUCUAAAAGUGCUUUCGCCAAAUGUUUGCUCCUCAAACCUGUUGUCCAUAAAAGCCACGUCUAUAUCUUCAACAACAACUAUGAUGCCCGCGCCCAUAUCUACAAAUAUUAAUAUACUAUCCACGCCUUCUAGAGCAUCUUCUCAGCUAGCUUUCAAUAGCCUAGUUUCAGUAGAACGGUCACAACAACAUGAUGCAGAUGGAGAUCAGCGAACAUUACAACUAGCUUGGGAAUUAUCAGUCGGUAGAGUAAAUGAAUCGGCCACAGAACGACCAUCGUUAAGUUCUUUAAACAACCGUGAAAAAUCUAACAAUGCUAUUAAUCAACACGAACUAGCACACCAACCAAUUGCAAACUCGCAACAUGAACAGCUGAAUCAAAAAGUUGAUAUUGAUACAAAUAAAAGUAUUCAGCCUACUGUUUCUGCAGUUACCGCCAAUGGUUUUAGUCAAAUUAAUAUAAAUGGUUUAACAAGUAGAAAUAGUAGUACAUCAUUUACUAAUAUUUCGAUGCCAACACUACUAUUACCACCUACAAUAGAAGAUCGUUCUAAGAGAUCCCAAAAUAUGACAGAAUGUGUGCCAGUGCCCAGCUCCGAACACGUUGCCGAAAUAGUAGGACGUCAAGGUAUCAAGUAUAAUACGCCAACACUGCGUGCCUACUAACUUUCAGACGGAUUAUACGGCAAAUUAAGUAUCGCUCCACCAUAUACCAGUAAGUAGCGGACCUGCAGAAAGGAUAAUCUGCAUUGUUAUACUGAAAACAAAGCAAUAUGUUGAUAAAUGGUAUUUCCGUCUAAAAAAAUGUUACAAGAAUUAUGUUUCAAACUAUGUUAUUUUAUUAUAUCAAGCAAAAAUACAUAAAUGUUAUAGAUAUGCUUUAUAAUCUAUUACUGACAUAUGAUAAAUUAAUUUAUAAAAUGCCUUAUUAUUAUGCUAAUAGCUCCAAGAUUUCGAAUAUAAAAUGUUUCUAUACACAUAUACGUGGAAUCGAACUAUUGCCAGAAUAUCAUUAUAUUUAAACUGUUAUAACUUAGUUCUCACUUAUGGUGCGAAUUUUAAAUUUAACACUAUGGCAGUGACGUAACCUUAUACCACUAUGGAAAAAAUGUUAAUAUAGACAUAAACAGGAAACACUAGCAGAACUUUCACAAAUGGAUUGAAGUCAAAAUAUACACCAAACUAUCACCUAAAGUAAUCAGUAAUAAUCCUGCUUACUAAGCUUCGCGAUGAAAGAAAUAACAAUAUGAGUUGAAUAAACGAUAACCAUGAACGCCGAUUUCUAUUGCACAAAAAAAAAACUUCGAUGAGAAUAGAUUAAAUUUAUUUCUUUUUCUAAUAACAAUUAGUGCUUAUAUGUAUAUUAUUUUGUGCUAAAUGUUGUCUUUUGUCAUAAAACUAAUAAACCGAGAAUUAAUUCCGA